AUGUUAAGAAAACAACAACUCAUCAGCAAACUACAACAACUAAAACUAAUGUCUACCACUACCGAUAUUACUACACCCAUUUCCAAGCCCAUUGACAAGAUCUUCACUGCUCUAGAGACUUCCGAGGGUCGAGGAGCGCGUGUUCGGCGUGUCAUGCCUACUGGGAAUAUGGUGAACUUUACCCCCUUUCUUAUGUUUGAUCAUUUCAAGGUGCCCUCUUCUGCUGGUUUCCCAGACCAUCCUCAUCGAGGCCAGGAGACUAUCACCUAUGUGGUUGAUGGAUCCGUCGACCACGAGGAUUUCACUGGUAGCAAGGGUACUCUUAAUGCCGGAGAUUUACAAUUUAUGACUGCUGGACGAGGUAUAGUGCAUGCUGAAAUGCCUUCUGCGGGUCCUAAUGGAGAGGUCCGAACUGUGGAGGGUAUCCAGCUGUGGGUGGACCUACCCAAGGAGCUCAAGAACUGCAAACCUCGGUACAGAGAUCUGAGAGCCGCUGAGAUUCCUAUUGCCAAAUCGGAUAGCGAGGAUCUCACUGUCAAGGUGAUUUCUGGCAAGUCUAUGGGCGUCGAUUCCGUCAAAGAUCUUGCGUAUACUCCUGUCUGGUUCCUUGAUUUCGAAUCUUCCAAGCAGUACAGCGGACGAGAGGUCAACCAGGAUAUACCUGAGGGCUUCAACUCGCUGUUAUAUGUCAUGAAAGGCACAGCUACCGUCAACGGCAAGAAGAUCAAGCAGCAUGAUGUGGUUAUAUUCAAGAAUGGAGGAGACUCUAUCGACUUCAUCCCUGGUCCUUCCUCAAGAGUCAUUGUCAUUGGAGGAAAGAUUCUGGAACAGCCCAUUGUCCAGCAUGGUCCCUUCGUUGCAACCACCAGAAAGGGCAUUGUCAAGGCCUUUGAGGACUACCAGACUCGAACUCAUGGUUUUGAGCAGGCCAAGGGUUGGUCUUCCGAAAUCGGUAAGCGGAUGAAGCUGUAG